AUAAAUAUAAAUUUUCAAAGCAGAAAAGUUGAGAAAAAGAAAAUAGUAUAAUUGUCCCCUAUCGAGAGAGAGAAAGAAGAAGAAGAGGAAGAAAGAUCCUUUGUCUGGAACAAACAAAAGAAACGAAAUAAAAUCGAAGCUUUCACAAAAAAAAAAAAAAAAAAAAAAAAGAAGGAAGUUUCACAAGCCAAAGCCGCCUUCGGUGCUUCUAUAGGGAAAGAAAGGAUCAAACACCGGUGGAAUCUCAGCCAUUGAAACAGAUCAGUGGAUGGAGGAAGCGUGUUGAGAGAGAGAGAGAGAGUUGAGGGUUAAAUAAUAAUAUUUAUCGGGUAAUGAAGUUUUGAUCUUUUCUGGGGAAGAGAGGUCAGAACGAAAGAAAAAGAGUUGAGUUAUCAGAAAAGUUUGGUGGAAAAAAAGGUUUUGUUUUUUACGAAAAGCUGAUCGCUGAAAAAUUAAAGACGAUAGUAAAAAAAACAGAGUAGGAAGAAGCUGAGGUUUUGCAGAUGCCGGUAGAUUUAGAUAAUUCAUCAACGGUUUCCGGGGAUGCAAGAAGCGUCUCGUCCACCGGAAACCAAAACCAUAAUAAACCUCCUAAGAAGAAACGGAACCUCCCCGGAAUGCCUGAUCCAAAAGCGGAGGUGAUAGCUUUGUCACCCAAAACUCUGAUGGCAACGAACCGAUUCGUCUGCGAAAUCUGCAACAAAGGCUUUCAACGAGACCAGAACCUCCAGCUCCACCGUCGGGGUCACAACCUACCCUGGAAGCUUCGUCAGAGAUCGAGCAAGGAAGUGAGGAAGAAAGUCUAUGUCUGUCCUGUGUCCGGCUGUGUUCACCACGACCCUGCGCGUGCUCUCGGAGAUCUCACUGGGAUCAAGAAACACUUUUGUCGGAAACACGGCGACAAGAAAUACAAGUGCGAGAAAUGCUCCAAGAAGUACGCUGUUCAGUCUGAUUGGAAGGCUCACUCCAAGAUUUGCGGCACCAAGGAGUAUCGAUGCGACUGUGGAACUCUCUUUUCCAGGAAAGAUAGCUUCAUAACGCACAGAGCUUUCUGUGAUGUGUUGGCUGAAGAGACUGCCAUGAAUCAUACUCAUACCAAUCAACUUUGUCCUCAAACAGCCGUCGUCCUCCAACCUGACCUGAAAUCUCCAGCCUCCGCCGCUCCUCUUACUCCGCCUCCCACUUCGAAUGAGCCUGCCAAAAUCUCAUCUCCCUCGGUUUUGCCGGUUGAGAGUUCUUCAGAAUCUCCUGAAAACAACCCUCUUGAAGUCAUCAUGGACGAAGAACCUCCAAGAACCAUCGGUUUCAACGUGAGCGAUGACCAUAGCCGCACUCCAAGAACCAUCGGUUUCAAUGCGAGCGAUGAUCAUAGUAGUAACAACAACAAGGGCGUAUACGCAGGCUUGUUUGCAUCAUCGACAGCUUCGCCUAGUUUAUAUGCAUCCUCAACUCCUCCUUCCACAAGUCUGUUCGCACCAUCUUCAUCCAUGGAACCCAUCUCUCUCUGUCUCUCCACCAAUCCCUCUUUGUUCGGACGACCCACGAUGGCACAAGAUCCACCACCUCACUUCCUAACCCCUCUGAGUCUUCCUCCGCCCCAGCCAGCGAUGUCAGCAACCGCAUUGCUCCAGAAAGCUGCCCAAAUGGGUUCCACGGGCUCGGGUGGCUCGUUACUUCGCGGGUUAGGCCUAGUGUCGAGUGCUUCGUCGUCAUCGAUGGAACUCAGCAGUCACGAUCUUGGGCUGGGACUACUACCUUGUAGCAGCAGCGGUGGUAGCGGAGGAGGAUCGGGGGGGCUGAAAGAGCUAAUGUUGGGGAACUCUUGCGUGUUUGGUCCGAAACAGACGACGCUUGACUUUCUUGGAUUGGGGAGAGCUGUUGGUAAUGGAAGUAGUAAUCCCGUUGGAGGGUUGUCGGCUCUGUUAACGUCGAUCGGAGGCGGGGGUGGAAUGAAUGUGUUUGGGACGGCGGGGGAGUUUUCAGGCAAAGACAUUGGUAGAAGAAGUUCCUAAGAGAGAGAGAGAGAGACAUGAAAGUAGAAGAAGAGUGUAGUUUAUAAGUAUGUUUUUGGUAUUUUUGUUUAAUAGUGAAAGCAGCAGGCAGCUCUAGUGCUGUUGUUCCCCCAGUGUGAAUUUUAAUCAUAUAAGUACACAUAAAGCUUAUAGCUUAGCAGAAACAACAACAAAGUUGAUUUUCGAUU